AUGGCCGCUUUGCGCCUCACAUCGGCCCCGUCAGGCGUUCGCGCCGCCGCGGCGUCCCCGCUGACCUCGCAGCUCUGGUCCUCCGGCGCAACCUCAACUACCGCCUCUCCGCAACAAGCACCCAAUGUACCGACAGCACCCGCUUCAGCUGCAGCCACUGCCGCGGCGGCGAUAGCUGCAGCUGCAGUAACCACCAAACCCGCAUCCCCUCCGCCGCCACCGUUUGCUCUUGCGCGGGAGUUGUCGAAGGACAGAGAGCUUCCGAAGCGCUACUUCAACCCUUCUGAUACUGUCCUCUCCGAGUCGAGCGGGAGCCCCGGAAACAAACCUCACAACGAGAACAAUGCCAACUUGGGAAAAACCCUGCGCAUUCUGCAAGAACACCUCCCGAAGCUCCUCCAAUCCCCCCUCCCGCAAGAAAUCCUCGCACCAAACAUCUCCCUCCACCUCUUCCCGACAACCCACCCUCACCUGCCCACCGUCUCCGGCAGGGUAGCUUACACGGCGGCUCUCUGGAGCGCCCCGAUCGCCUGGAACAGAUUGCCUUUGGUUGGCAACGUGCGCCUAUCCAUCAUCUCUGAACGUGUCACGAAGCAGCCCCUCCCCUUUGCGCCCUUGCGGGCAGGUGCCCUUCCGGAGCAGCUUGUGGUCAGGUGGUGCACGCCCGGUGGCAAAAGCAGCUCUUCAGCUACUACAGCAGCUACGACCGACGGCGCUGCAACGGGGAAGGGGGCAGGCGACAAGGGAUUCACGGGUCUUUUCGUGUUCCAGUUCGACGCUGAGGGCAGGAUAUUGAGCCACACCAUCGAGACGGUGCAAGAGGGGGGCGACUGGGAGAAGGGCGUCGGCGCAAAGGUCGUCGGCCUGACGGAUUGGUUGCUCGGCGGCAUGAGGAGGGGCGGCGACAGCCCCAGCCCUGCGUUCGAGGGACUGAACAGGAAAGACUAA